CUUGGACGCAAAUAACCUUUGCGUCUUCCCUUUUUCUCCUGCGGCACUUUGCAGCGAGGCCGCUGGCCAUUCGUAGUGUUGGGAUAGUGAAUUUACUACCGUUAGCUUACCGAUUAGCACAGGAGGGGGUUCAACCACGGGCGCCGCACUCUCACCAAAAAUCCCACCAUCCAUUUAUUGUCGAUUGCUCAUUCAGGCCCAUAUAUACCUACGAUUACCUGCCCACCCCCACCAUGAAUGUUUACUUCGUCGUGUGUUUCUCCAACCCUUUCCCUUGCCCUCUCCAUCCUGCGGAUUACAGAGACCCAUCGCGCCCGCAAUGGGCGUCUCUUACCAGCCGUUGGACGUGACCGGCGCCGGAGGCACUUCCGAAUGUCUGCUCGAAGUGCCUUUCGAGACCUACACCGACUCGCCGCCAUCUACUACCGUGUCUAAUGCUCAUGUCAACGCCGAGAGAGAUGCUAAGGGCAGCGCUACCGUGCGAGUUGAAGCGAUCCCCCGCGAAAAGGUGGGGCCGAGCAUUGCCAAAUGGCGUCAGACCCUGGCGGGCUUGAUUCGGUCUAGAUUUGCGACUCGCCUUGCUGAUCGUAACGACGCCUUACCGCUGCUUUCGGAGGACCAGCCACGGCAGAGGAAGAAGCGGUCUUGUCGCUCGAGUGUGGAGUGUUUGUUGGUGCGGGGAUUCUUGGGGGGUUUCGUCAUGCUUGGAAUCAUCCAGUUUAUCUCCAUUGCCUGCGGAAUCGGACUGAUCUUCUUCCCGGACGAAUAUGACCGCGCGGCACGCUCGUUGAUGCAAACCAGCGAACAGACCAACACCGACGAUAUUGCUCACUGGCCGACCGAUUUCACUCGCGAUAUCAUUCCCGUCGGCUGCCACUCCCAUAAUGAUUACUGGCGCCGGGUACCUCUCUUCUCAGCCCUGCAAGCAGGCUGCAUCGGAGUCGAAGCCGAUGUCUGGCUCUUCGACGAGGAACUGUACGUCGGCCAUACACGAUCUGCACUGACCAAGCGCCGGACCCUGCAAUCCUUGUACGUCGACCCACUCGUACGCAUUCUCGAUCGUCAGAACCCGGUUACUCCGUUCCAACGCACGAUCGAUUCACCCCCGCACGGGGUAUUCGAUACGGACCCCGGUCAGAGUCUGGUCUUGCUCAUUGAUUUCAAAACGGAUGGCGCGGCAACUUGGCCGGCCGUGGUAAAAGGAUUGGCACCGUUGAGGGAUCGGGGAUAUCUCACCUUCUUUGAUGGGCGCGAUAUCAUCCCCGGACCCGUGACGGUCGUCGGAACGGGGAACACGCCAUUUGACCUACUCACCGCAAAUACAACCUACCGUGAUAUCUUUUUCGAUGCCCCGCUCGACACGCUAAUCGAUGAUCUAGGCCUCGACCGUGGCCAGGUCGGCACGUAUGUCUCGCCCGUGAAACGGUCCACGGGAAUGGGCCAGGGUCUCUCCGGUAUGCCGGACAGCAUCAACGCGCACACGUUCAACAUCACCAACAGCUACUACGCCUCCGUAGACUUCAAGAAGGCCGUCGGAUUCCCCUGGCCCUUCCAUUUCACGGAGACCCAAAUGGAAACCAUCCGGCGGCAAGUCCGGAUUGCGCAUAGCCAUGGGCUAAAAGUGCGGUACUGGGGAUUACCGAGUUGGCCGAUCAGUUUACGGAAUCAUAUUUGGCGGAUCCUCCUGCAGGAGGGGGUUGAUGUGCUGAAUGUGGAUGACCUGGUUGCUGCGACAAAGGGGGACUGGAAAAUCCGAAUCUUCGACUGGUGAUUCUAGCCAUGAUGAGAUUCUAGCUGCAUUAUGGGGAAACGAGAUCUCGAUUUACGUACAUGAGGAACAGGGACUGGCGUUUAGGUUGGGGUUCUUUGUUUUGAUGAAAUUUCUAUGAUACCUUAUUCGCCCUGAAUAGAUUUUGGUUGUUCUUUUCUCACAUCUCUCCUUCAUUUCAUUGUUUCAUUCUUAUGGAUAUAUGGUGUACGGCGGACUAAAGGGGGGAGAAGGCCAUAACCUGAGUUUCC